UUCAUUCGAAAACAAUCAUAUGUGUGGUAUAUUGUAUGGGGAUCAGCGAACAGCAAUCACUAGAAUACAAGCAAGAUGUUAAGCAUGACUAUAACAUGAGAUGGGAGACUUUCUAUGGAAUGAAGUUUCUUAUUAUCCUUGGUGGCAAACUCUGGUUAUGGACAUAUCACUGAAGGUUCUUUUGAGCAAAUCUUAAGACACAAAGAAGCAUAGAAGUAGCUUCAAUGUUGUUUACAACAAAAUCUAUCUGAGUUUGACUAUGGACUAGAGUAUCAUUUCUCGUGUUGCCAGAGUUGAAUUAUAAUAUAAGUGUUGCAACAAAAAUUUAUUGGAUCUGUCUAUUAGAAAGCAUGAAAAUUAACACCUUAAUUUCAUGCUAUCUAUGAAUCAAUAUCCAAAACACUAGUAUUUCCAUCAGUUGUGGACAAGACAAUAGGAGACAGGUGUUCAUGACUACGAUUGGAAAAGGACAUGACAAGAAGUGAUUUGCGUCCUUGUAAUCCUUUCUACUUGUGGUUUGUGUGAGUCGGUAGCAUAACAUUGAACAAAGAUGCCACUGUUAG